ACGAGAAACAACAAUGAAACCCAAAAGCGAUGGCAAGUCGUUGCUGGAUGCGUUGGGCGGAAAUUUUAGUUUUAAAACACUACCGAGUGGAGACCUGGAUAAAAGCAAAGUUGUGUGCAAAUUGUGCAAGAAAGAGUUUGCCUAUUACCGCAGCUCUUCCAGCCUCCGCUACCACCUGAAUGCCAAACACGGUGCAGCCAGAACAGUCGUCGCCCCCAGCAGGGCCAGACGGCCCGGGCGGCCGCGCCAGCCCAGUCUGGACAGGAUGCCGGGGUUCAGAGCCGAGAUGAGACUUAAAAUUGAGGACACAUCAGAGGAAGAAAGUUGCUAUACAUUCGUGAACAUCAACCCACCAGGCCCCAUGUCCACUCCUAACCCCCAACUGUCCAUCAGCCAGCAGAGAAUCAUCUGCUCUCAUCUGAGAGGUGUCAGACUGAAUCUGCUCUACAAGGCCAGCGUCCACGGUUUCACUGCAGAAGACUUCCACGAGCAAUGUGACAACCUGGCUCCCACCGUGUCAGUGGGUUACAAUGCCUCAGGUUACGUGUUUGGAGGCUACACGAGACGACCUUUCUGCCAGUCUGGAGAGUACGUGAAUGAUGAUCAGGCCUUCCUCUUCACAUUCAGUGGAGCAAAGCUCUGCACGUUUCCACCUUCUAAUGCUGCAUAUGCAGUAAAAAUGGAUAGUAAUUCUGGUCCUUAUUUUGGAGAAGCUUUGGUUCUUCUUGAUGAAAACAAACCUAUAGUGUACAGCGAUCCAAGAGGAGGUUAUUAUCCAUUCAAUCCUGUGAAAAUGCAUGGCAACGACCUGGACCUGACUGAGUGUGAAGUCUACCAGCUGGAGGAGACCACUGAACUCAAGAAACCAUGGAGGACUGUAAUCUGGGAAUCUAAGAAGAGGAUGGAGCUGAUGGAGAGCAUUGAAACCUACGAACCAACUACUAGCUCCGUGUCUCAUGCUCAGAUUUUACUUAUUGGACCAGUUGGAGCUGGAAAGUCCAGCUUUUUUAACUCCGUCAAAUCUGUAUUCAGAGGCUACGUCACCAACCAGGCAAUAUCUUCUACCACCAGCCUGACAACACAGUUUCGCAGCUUCCCAGUGUGGGCUGGACGAGGAAAAAAUCCUCUGCCAAUCAUCCUGUGUGACACCAUGGGACUGGAGGAAAGUACAGGGGCGGGGCUUGAUGUAGACGACAUCAGCAGCAUCAUUCUCCAAGAUCAUCGGCCUGCCCAGGCCAACCCCUCUGCUCCUCUGGACUCGGACGCUCACAAAGACAAGAUUCACUGUGUGGUUUACGUCAUCGAUUCCUGCAAGAUCUCCACCAUGACCCCACAGCUGGAGGAGAAGAUGGUUGCCAUCCGCAAGAAGGUCAACUUGAUGGGGAUUCCUCAGCUGGUGCUGCUCACCAAAAUAGACGAAGCCUGCCCUUUGGUGAAGGAGGAUUUAAGAAACGUCUACAAAAGUGGCUACAUCAAAGAUCUGAUGCAGGAGGUCAGUUCUCGGCUCGGCAUGCCGAUGUCCUGUGUUGUACCAGUGAAGAACUACAGCGAAGAGUUGGAGCUGGACAUGAACUCUGACAUAUUACUGCUCAGCGCCAUCACACAGAUGCUUCGAUUUAUUAACGACUACUUUUAUGAGGUUGAGUUUCAAGAAUAGGGGAUCUGUGAUCUAUAAAAAUAUCUGAGAUGUUGUUCAUUUGAUCUUGAUCUUCCUUUAUCACCUUUGUGAUCUGGGGAUAGUUAAAAGAAUACCAUAUGUGGAUAUAUAUAUAUAUAUAUAUAUAUAUAUUAGGGAUGCAACGGUUGGCCGGCUUCAUUAGAAUUUCCAGUGUUCCAGAGUGUCAUUUCUGUUUUGCUGUUGAUAACAGCGGCGGUGGCGUGAAAAUAGUUAACAAAGCUUUUACUGUCUGUAAUCAUUGCUUGAGACCGGCUAGUGGAAGAUCAGAGUCUGCCUGGUGAGUGAAACGUUACCCUGCAUUCACACUGAAAGCGUCACGGGCGUCAUAGGCGUCUGGCUGGCAUUCAUUGUCUAUGAAAAACGGCGUCGAGAGGCGAAGGGGGCGGCGGGCGCGGCGCGUCAAUUUAAAGUUGAAAAAUCUGAACUUUAUGCAAAUGAGCAGCGGCGACGCCGAGGCGUCGUCCAAUCACACACUGGGAUUCCCGAAGCGAGAACUCUCAAUGCAGAUUGUACUUUCAUGUACACACAAACGUACACUCAUUCACAUGCGUACAGGAGCAGAGCUGUGCACUAACAAACUUAUUUUAUCAGGAAUUAAUAUAUUUCAUCCAGCAAACUGACAUAUUUGCUGGUUUGACUGCCGUUUUUACCUGAACUGCUCACGUGAAACACGUAUCUGAUGGUUGAGGAGCUGGAUGGUCAACGAUUUUAUUUGCUACAUUGACAUCAUGACCAAAUCCGCUCCGACACGGUGUGUCAGUAUCAGCGCAGACAGACUGCAGCUUCGCCGGAAUUAUGGUUCCGCGUUAAAUCGACGGCGUAGCCGACGGCGUAGGGUCGCGGUGCGGUGUGCGUCGCCGUGUACCCUACGCCGUCGUUUCUGCGUUGGUGUGACGCGGAGCCAUAAAUCAGCCACCGGGAGCAAGGGCUCGCUGGGUUGAUGUUGAUCCGCGGACCAAACUUGUUAAGGAGCAUCAAACUCACUCUUAUCUACACAGAAAUAACGCUAAAAUAUAAAGAAGGCUUCCCAAAGUGUGAUCUAUGGUGAAAUAGGAAAAUUAAGAUGUGUACGCUAUAUGUGUAGGCUGUUCCCACUGUUCCCUUCAGUUCUGCAGCGCAGCUUUAGCCCCGCCCAUCCCUGCCCCGCUGCAGGCACUGACGCUUUCAGUGUGAAUGCACCAAGCGGCGAGAUGCUGGCGUCGGGACGCCGUGACGCUUUCAGUGUGAACGCAGGGUUACACUGAACAGGCGGAGACGGGCUCUGAAUCUGCUCUUCCACUAGCUGGUUUAUUUAUAGGAAGGAAACCAACAGCUUUACAGUAAUAAACAAAGGCAGACUCCAACUCUAACGUCUCGGGCAAACUCCCCCAACAACUUAAAUUAUAACACCUGAAGAAAACUCGGGGUUCAGCCCCCCUCCCUCCGCCACCACAGGCUCCUUCCUGACUUCACGUGCAUUCCGGUGACAGGCAGAGAGAUGAGAGAAUUCAGGCUGAUUUGUAACUCUCCCAUAUCAGGGUCGCUACAACAUUUUAUAAUAUUGUAAUAAUUAUAAUAAUUUACUAUAUUUUUGCGGAGGGAAACUGUCCUCCGCUUCCCGUCGGACGGUUCACGCCCCCGUGUCGUACAUAUAUUUCUGAUAAUGUACCUCGUCGGGCAUUAUCCCUUACGUAUUUAGUAGUGUAUAGUGUACUUACUGUACUGAGUUGUCAAGAUUAAGAGGCUGUUGACUAUAAAGAAUUAUAGUAAUUUACAUUUUGAAAAGUGACAAGAGAAAUAUACAGAUAAUUUUGGGGAAAAAAAAGCUCUCAUGCACAUAAAGGCUGAUUUAUGGUUCCGCGCAGUACUCGAGUUGAGGGGGGAUGGCAUCCCCCCUGAAAUAAAAACGGUCAAAAUCAUCCCCCCUGUAAAACUGCCAUCCCUCCUUUCCAUCCCUUAUGUCAUUUAAUCAAUGAAUGUGGUAUUACUGCUAUUUCAACAUUUAGAGUCAUCACCAGAAAAAUAAGACCAGAAAAAUAACUUAUUUGACAAUUUUCACCUGUUUCAAGUACAUUUUCACUUGAAAUAAGUAGGAAAAUCUGCCAGUGGGACAAGAUUUAUCUUCUCAUUACAAGGAAAAAAAAUCUUGUUCCACUGGCAGAUUUUUCUACUUAUUUCAAGUGAAAAUCUACUUGAAACAGGUGGAAAUUGUAACGAGUCUUGUUUUAAGUGUAAUGAGAUUUUUUUUUCCUAAAAUUAGACAUUUUAACUAGAAAUAAGACAAAUAUUCUUGUUAAGAUUUUGAGUUUUUGCAGUGAUCCAUUUUACUUAUCCUGUGAAGGACAGAGUCAUAUUGAUAAGUUCAGAAAACUGUUCUUUAUUUUUGUGUUUUGAUGUAUUUGAUGUAAGCCCAGUGGAUAUUUAAAGCUUACAGAAAGCUGCAUUUAACUGCUGCUGUCAUUCCUGCAGUAUUUCUGCAGGUGUUUUGGUCAUGCUAUUAUUUGUAAUAUAUUAUAUUAUUUGUAAUCAGCACAAAUUAUCUGUCCCCAUAUGAUAAAAUCCACCAUCUCCCCUGAUAUUUUUUUACAACUCGAGUACUGGUUCCGCGUUACACCUACACAGAACCAUACGGCGUAGGGUACGCGUCGAUUUAACGCAGAACCAUAAAGAACCGAAACCGAACCGUGGGCUACCUGAACCGUUGCAACCCUAAUAAAUAUAUAUAUAUAUAUAUAUAUAUACAUACACGAUUAUUAGUCAAGAACCAACGACACACUACAAUAGAAACACUUCUCACUUCAGUCUGUUCUGAACUGUAAAUUUGUUAAACUUUCUUCUCUGACUUAUUUGUACAG